UAUUCUUGAGCUUUCCUCCAUCCGUGGUUCCUGGCUCCUGGCUCCGUUCUGAAUAGCUUCCUUUUCCCCACCGCUAGAUACCCCGCCACGCGGUUCCCCUCCAAUUUUCUUAUCAUUGACCAGGGAUCUCUUACUCUCGCAGCUCGCACAACGUCCUGGCACGUUAUGAAAGGCGUUCUCAUCAGCUAUAAUUAUCACCAGACGGAAUGAUUUCCUGCCUACCUCGUCUCACUCCCAUCGCUAGAUCGUUGGUCUUCGGACUGAAGCUGGCGGCUGGAGCCAGGUUACACUAUGGCGUCGCACAAGUCUAAUGGCGGUCGAAUACCCCGGUUGAAGGAUGUCGCCAGUCAGUCCCGGAGCGUAUCGUCGCCUGCGAUGUCCUCAUCCCGCUUUUACGACCCCCCUGCCCAGCUAUUGUCUAGGCCGCAGAUUCCAAGAUUUACGAACGCCUCGACAAGGGCUAUCCGGGCGUCAUCGGUGUCCAGCGCAGAGGAGACCCCCCACAGUGUCGCACAAUCCAACCCUUCGAGAAUCCCGGCCGGUCAGAAUGCUCGCCCACCGAUACCCCCGCGAGCAACCACACACCCACUGCCUCCGACAUCCCUGCAUCUGAUUCCAGAUCCAAGCCCGCCCCAACCCUACCACAUGGCUGCUGAACCCCUGAGUGCCCCUGGGACGGAGAACCAGACCCCUGCCCCCGGUCGACCACGCAAUGUCUUGCGGAGGAAGGCGCCGACGAUCGGUCAACAUACAGCACAGAAUAAGCCAGACUUGGAAAGAUUGCGACCCGAGAAGCUAAAUGUGAUCAUCCCGGAUUUCCCUGCCAUUGGCUAUACUGCAGGUACCUCCUUUCAGCCCUCUUCGAGUCAGGAACUUUCAGCAUCGCCAAUGGCUUCGGAGGAUAAUCUAUCGAGCAUCGUACCGGAAACUCAGGCCCAUACCGGUCCGAAGGAACUUGCAAGCCUCAGGACUAUUGUCAAUACAAAAAACCUACCCCCUCCGACUCCAAUGAUUCCCUCCGCCAGUAGCCCUUCCACGAGGUAUUCUGAAUCCCCCGGGGUGUGGAGUAGGACCUCGACGCCCACUACCUUGUCUUCCUACUCGCCGGGAAUCGUCCAUCCUGCCAAGGGUCCUCGUCUGAGGCAGCCUAGCCCAUCCCAAAGUCGACUGCCGGUUUUCUCUCAAACACAGCAGCAGAGUGCUUCGAGUGAUCGAAUGGUGCCAAGCACAUCACGGUCUCCCCUGUUGGCUCAGAGCACAGGGUCAAGGGUGUCGGUUACUGAGACCGAGGCAAAGCAGUAUCUGACGAAGGCCAGUAUGAUGAACAACACAUCCAGCAGUCACCUGUCGCCUAAGGCAUCCACUAGCAGCACACGACGGCUUUCCAACAAGGAUAAGUCAGACUACGAGGCAGCUCCGACCGUAGAGGAGAAGAAAACGUCACGAGUCGUGUCUCAGAGAGCUAGGGUACCUGCAGACUUGAUAGGAAAGCCCCUUGAAAUACCAAAAAGGCCGACCAGACAAGGGACUGAUCAGUUGGUAUUGGAUCCAUCGCCUGUGGUAAAGAGCAACAUACCACCCAAAACAGUAGCUGGCCAUAAACGUCGAGGAUCGACUGAGAAGUCCCCCCUUCCUGAGAGACCUCCAGUGUUGAAUCGAUCCGCAACCACCUCAAUCGACUCGCUGCAUUCAAGGACCCCCUCCCACAUGACAACCCGCAUCCCAACGUCGCCAGAGCUAUCGCGAAAGUCGCCUCGACCCUCGGUCAAGGAAUCAAAAUCACAGAAUGCUCCAGCACCAGCAAAAUCACGAGCCUUUGGCCUCUUCACUAAGAGAUCCAAGCCGGAACUGGAUGUACAGAGUGAUGGCCGUUCAGCUCGUAAAGGUCCAGCUGCUGGGACGGGCCACGAAGGUUACGGAAGAUAUGCGCAGCGCGGUCGCAAACCAAGCAUCAGCAGCAGUACUACUCGAGCAAGAUCAACCAGCACGACCAGAAGCGGUCCGAAGUCUGUUGCCAGCAGCAAGGGGAGUGUUAGAAGCCGGCCUGAGCUGGAGCUCGACGACUUUCUGCUAGAGCGCCUGGAACCUGUGAUCAUCAGGGGCGGGAAUAUGGAUGGAAUGGCUUCACAGAGAAGACCAAGUGAGCAGAGCACAAGCGGGUUCAGCACAGCAUCUACUUCAAACUUGACGCAGCGGUCUAUAAUCUCCGAAUCUCCUGGCUGUUCUACAGAGACUCUGGCCAGCUCCAGAGCAUCCGCAGACCCGGGAGAGUCGACCAAGGAUCUAGGACGACAGAAGUCUCUCGAACAGCCGAGAUUCACAAGUGCUCGCCCACAAGAAGGCCCCAAAGCGACACAAGCGCCUGCAGCUCGUUCCAUUUCUGAUUUACAUCAAUCAAAUCUUGGAGUUCGCACUACGCACCCUCAAGCCUCAGGUGGCAUGCAAAGCCCGCAGAAGCAAUCUAAACGUGGGCUGGGGCUGAAGUGGAAUAUCUUUCAGAGAAGCAAAGGGUCUGAGAAAUCCGCUGGCAAGACCUCGACUCCUUCCGCCCCCCAAUUGCAUGCCAGAGUAGCUCCGGCGACUGUGCAUCGGCCUGUGGCACACUACGCGUUGAUCGACAUGGACUCUGACCCUCUCGAGGAGAUUGUUCACAACGUUGAGAACUCACCACCGACUGAAGACGACGAUAUUAGCUCGCCAGUGGAAAUACCAGCUGCUUUGAACAUAAAAAAGACACCAGAUUCCAUCCUUCUGCCUUCGCCACCAAAGCUGCACGAUGCCAUCUUUCAUGAUCAGCCUCAGUCGCCGAAAGUCUAUUUUAACAAGAGCUUGGUGCCCCAGAGCCCAGAGAAAAAGGUGGAAGGAGAGCGUCAGAGUCGCCUGACGUCCGUCGGUCGCAUCCCACGUGUGGUUUCCAGACGUGAGAGGCCACAUAAGCCAGCGGUGCAGUCGUUCUCAAGACCAUUUAGUGUAUCUCAAUCACCUCCGUCGUUGACUGCUUCGGUCGAGAAGCAUGGAGAUAGUUCAUUGUCGCCCAUAUUCACCCCGGAUGCUCAACAAGCCGCACUUUCUGAGAAACCGUCUGAUUACAAGUUCGAUCUGACUGAUCCUUUCAAAGAUCUCCUGAAGGGUAGCGUCCUCGACUUCAUCGCAGGCCCUUACUCCAAGGAAGAAUUUAUGACAUUCUCACCUAGAAAAGACUCUGUGCUAUCGACUUCAAGUGGCUCCGAAAGCCUUACUGCGGUCACGGCUGUCAUUCCAGAACCAGAAUCCGAGUUGAUGGAGGAUGAGAUAUGGGGUGAAUACGAUGACUUGAUCGACCACGUUCUUUCUCCGCUAUCGACAAGCACAAUUUUUGAGAACCAAUCGGAGGUAGAUCAAAAGCUUGAACUCGCAACAAUGGCUAGCAAGGCUCUUCAAGCGGAGCUGAAUGGGCCACCAGCGAUGCCUGGUCUGUUUGAAAAGCCCGCGGUGGAGUUUACGCCUUCGUCGCCGCAAUCUAGCACCGGUUCUGUUCGGCUUCGAAGGUCCAGGAUCGCCGCAGAGCUGCAUACGUCCAUAGGCCUUUCACCCCAGCCUUCGUACAGUGAGAUCAUCGCCAGCUACUGUGACGAUCGAAGCGAGGGCAGCGCAGCGGAGAAGGAGACGAGGGACAAGUUGCUGCCACCAAAGCCAUUCGUUGAACAGCAGUCUGGAUUACUCAGUUCGCCAGCCUUGAAUUCCUCCCCAAGCUUUGAAAUUGUUCGACAGCGCAACACUGUCCUCUUUGAUAUCGCCGAGCGCGACCGAGAAGGGCCCACUGCCCACACCAAUAUUCGUUCUGGAUCACUGAUGACCAGCCGAUGGCUGUCUUUCGGGCGAGUCCUCUUCAGCCCUGCGCAUAAGCGCGCCAAGAGCUCGGACCCAGAGCGUAUCCUGGUGGUUGAUGGACUGGGCAACGACGACUGGUCUUUUUACUGCGCCUUGACAUAUCCAAACGCAGAGAUUUACAGUCUCAGCGACGGGCCAAAGCCGACUGCGUCCAAGCACCCUGAAGCAUGGCAGCCACCGUCAAACCACCAUACGAUCCAUCAUCCGAGUCUUGAUGAUCAGCUGCCAUUCCCACGGGCGUUCUUUGCUGUUGCAGUUCUGCGAUUUCCAGCUGCCUGUUCUGAAAGGGCCCAGGAUAACAUCAUCUCCGAAUGUAAGCGCGUGCUUCGCGCGGGUGGCUAUCUGGAGAUGAGCAUCCUGGACCUGGACAUGGUGAACAUGGGAAUCCGCACCCGCAAAGCCGUGAGGAAACUCAAAGAGCGGACAUAUAUAUCCGACCCAUAUAUCAGCCUCAAGCCUGCAAGCGAUAGCAUUCAACGCCUGCUAGGACGACACGGGUUCGACAAUCUCCGAAGAUGCAUGGUCCGGAUUCCCGUCGCCGGGAUGAUCGUCCGAUCAUCAGCGUCCUCCACCUCGACUUCAUCCUCUGAUCCGUCCAUCCUACCCGCACCAACCUCCCCAUCCACCACUCUAUCCCCUCUCACGGGCUUAUCCGCCGCCGCCAAAGCAAAGGCCAAGGCUCACGGAAAGUCCUCCUCCAACGACACCGACCUCUCCCUCGGUGAUCUCCUCUCCGACCCUUCUCCCUCGCCCUCCAACGAUGAGUCCAUCCGCAAGAUCGUCACCAAAGUCGGCCGAUGGUGGUAUACCCGAUGCUACGAGAUUCCCGUCCUCCCAAACGGCGACGUCGCUCUCAGCAUCUGGUCCGACAGGAAGAUCUUGCGCGAAUGCCAACAUUGCGGCACGGGCUUCCGCCUAUGGAUCGCGUACGCACAGAAACCGAGCGAAAAACGACGAACAGCAAGUGUUUAGUCUGAUGCUCGCCUGCCACAUUAUCACAUUUUUUCCCGUUUACGACUGAUAUGAUAUGACUUAUGAUAAUGCUUGUCGCAUCCAUCCAACAGCCACAUAGCAACCAGCUCCGCCUAUCUUCCCAUCAAAUCAACCUAUGUAAUGA